AUGUUCUCACGCGUCUUGAAAUCCACAAAUCAACAACAAGCCCCUUCCCCUUCCUCCUCUUCUUCCGAACCAUCAUCAAAAUCAUCCUCUCGAUCAUCUCAAAUAAAAUCCCAGUCGACCUCAUCGGGCAUCGCUCAACCUUCACCAUCCAAGAUACCCGUAUCUACCAAUCACAGCUCUCGAUCGGCUUUCGUCAGUAGUAAAGAGAACAUACCUGCUCCACCUUCCGCAGGCCAUGAGAAAGAACGUUCAAAUUACUUAUCAUUCUUAUUCUCGCAAUCGCAACAGGGUGCUCCGACUACUCCAGUCAAAGUAAACAAGUCUUCACCUGCACCUCCCGCUCCUGCUCCUGGUCAGGCGUAUCAUCCUCACGGUCAUGGAGAAGCGGUCCAAGCGUCAAGAGGUCAAUAUACCGCCGAAUCAGAUGAUAUUCACAUGCAAACUAUGAAAAACACCAUCAACCCAGCAAUGUUGAAACAACUCUCUUCUAUCCCUGCUCCCACUCAACAACAACCGGUGAUACAAAGGAGCAACGGUGCUGGAAACGGGGCUCAGGGACAUCCUGUCAACCCUUACGCAAUCCAACGAGGUGCGAACGCGUAUAAUGAAGAUGUACAUAUGAAGACUCAAAGGUACGAGACUCAACAUGAUAAACCUAGAGGACUUCAGCUAUGGGAGAGGGAACUGCUGGAAUCUCCUGAUAUGAAGAGGAAAGCUACAGUGGCUCAGAUUUACUUCCUGGAUUACUAUUUCGAUCUCCUUGGAUACAUCGCUAACAGGAAGAAACGUCUCGAGACCUUCAAAGCCGACACCGCUCAACGAAAUGUCACUGGACCCGAGUAUCAAAAAGAGGUAUCCUCCUAUAACGGUAGAGAAAGAGUAUUGCUCCGAAAGAGACGAACCAAGCUUCGUGUUGAGCAAUUCAGAAUUAUCGCUCAAGUCGGUCAAGGUGGUUAUGGUUCCGUCUACCUGGCUAGGAAAGCAGAUACCAAUGAGGUUUGCGCUUUGAAGAAGAUGCGUAAAGGUACUUUGGCCAAGAUGGACGAAGUGAAACAUGUUUUGGUAGAAAGGGAUAUUUUGACUGCAGUCAAGACUCCUUGGUUAGUUAGGCUGUUGUACGCUUUCCAAGAUACUGAACAUGUUUAUCUUGCGAUGGAAUAUGUCCCUGGAGGUGACUUCAGAACAUUACUCAACAACUCGGGUGUACUUAAAGAAGAACAUGCGCGAUUCUAUGCUGCGGAGAUGUUCAUGGGUGUAAAUGAACUGCACAAAUUGGGUUAUAUCCAUAGAGAUCUCAAGCCUGAGAAUUUCUUGGUAGACGGUACUGGUCAUGUCAAACUGACCGAUUUCGGUCUUGCCACUGGAUCAUUGAAUCCUGCCAAGAUUGAUCAAAUGAAGCAGAAGCUUGACCAAGUGAAAGAUGAAGAACUCGUCUUCCGAUCUACAUUAGAAAGACGAACGAUCUAUCGAUCUAUCCGAAUGGCUGAACCUCGAUAUGCCGAUUCCGUGGUCGGUUCACCAGACUACAUGCCCCCUGAAGUCCUUAGGGGUAAGACUUAUACCUAUUCAGCAGAUUACUGGUCAUUGGGUUGUAUCCUAUUUGAAUUCUUAUGUGGAUUCCCUCCCUUCUCUGGAUCUACUCCUGAAGAGACUUGGGCGAAUUUGAAGAAUUGGACUAGAGUUCUUAGAAGACCAGUAUAUGACCGACCUGAAGAUUUGAUAUUCAACUUGACUGAUACGGCUUGGGAUGCUGUCACGAGAUUGAUCGCUAAUCCAAAAGAUAGAAUAACCACUUUGGAUGAAGUUCAAUCUUUACCGUUUUUCGCUUCAUUGCCUUUCAAGAACUUGCGAUCUAUCGACGCACCCUUCGUACCCGUUUUGGAUGGAGAGACGGACGUGGGAUAUUUCGAUUCGUUCACUAGUCCUGAGGAUAUGGCCAAAUACGCCGAGGUGUUCAAGAAACAAAGAGAUGUUGAGGCAGUUGAGGAGAAAGGGAUUGGAAAUAGAAAUAAUUGGGUUGGAUUCACUUUUGGUAGAAAUGCUAAUAUCACACCUGCUCCUAGAGGUAUCAAACCUGAAGGAGAAGCACUUCAAACCAUUUUCUAA